AUGCGAUCCAAAUAUGCAAAUAUGCGUAACUAUUCUAUUGUUAUUGAGAAUAACAAUAGAAUAGUUACGACCAACCUUUCUGAGAUUGCUAACGAACUAAACAAUUUUUUCAGCUCAGUUUUUACUAUUGAAGAUAAAAACCUCCUAGAGUUUCCAAAACAGUGCGAUGUUUUAUGCCCAAAUCCUACAUUCAAUAUUGAAACAGUUAGUAAGAAGCUUACAACUCUGAAUGUUUAUAAAUCAACUGGAGUAGACACAAUACACUCUAGAGUUUUAAAAGAAUGUUGCAAAAGUAUUUCAAAACCAGUAUCAACUAUUUUUGAUCGCUCAUUUUCGAGUGGCAUUGUUCCAUGUUUAUGGUUAUGUGCAAAUAUUACCCCUCUGUUUAAAAAAGGAGAUAAACUAAAAGUAAAAAAUUAUAGGCCGGUAUCACUCACAUCAAUAGUGUGCAAAGUGAUGGAAAGCAUAAUAAGAGACACACUAAUGAAUCAUCUGACUAAAAAUAGUAUACUUUCUGACUCUCAACAUGGUUUUGCAUCAUCCAAAAGUUGUUGCACAAAUUUAUUUGAAACAUUUGACAUCAAUAACUCAGAUGAUACAAAAAUUAUUUCAGUCAUUAAUACAGUUGAACGUUACAGCAAAACUUAUCAAGAUGCUUUAGUUGUGGAAGAAACCACGUUAGAGUGCGAUCUUGGUGUAAUAAUAUCAAACGAUGUCAAAUGGGAAAAGCAUAUUAACACAACUGCGGCAAGGGCUAAUAGAAAGCUCGGUCAGAUAAUGAAAUCUUUUUGUCGAUUAGAUGAAAUCUCAAUGAAACAUUUAUACACGUCAUUGGUUCGUCCACACCUGGAGUUUGCGGUGUCGGCCAAUAUAAAAAAAAUUAAGGAACUAUAA